UCUCUCUAUUAUCACAAUUCUUCUUUCCUUAAUCAAAACUAACUUCCAAAAGCCUUUAAAAAGCAAAUAAUAACAAUAGAUAAACGUUCAAAUAUCUUUUCUUUAUUUACUAUUUUCUUUCUUAAAAGAAAAUCAAACGUCCUGAAGUGUUUACAACAUCUUUAGGGUUGUUCUAAUCAUCAAGAAAAACCACCCCUUGAUUUCCAUUUUUAUCCUUUUGUUUGAUCAUAUAUUAUAAGGGGUUGGUUUGUUAUUGAUGGUUAGAUCUUUUUUUAUGCUUUUUUAAAAUCUUGUUUAAUAUAUUCAUAUAUAUAUAUAUCUGGUUGAUUAUUUGUUUGUUUAAUUUAUCAACAUGAGUGAUGAAAAGAAGUACAUUAUGGUUGAGGAGUUAAAGAAACAUAACAAGGAAGAUGAUUUGUGGAUUUCAAUUCAAGGGAAAGUUUAUAAUGUAACAGAUUGGGUGAAAGAACAUCCUGGUGGUGAUAUUCCUAUUCGUAGUUUGGCUGGACAAGAAGCAACUGAUGCAUUCAUUGCUUUUCAUCCAGGUACUGCUUGGAAAUAUCUUGACAAAUUCUUUACUGGAUAUUAUCUUCAAGAUUACCAAGUUUCAGAGGUGUCUAAAGAUUACAGGAAUCUCUGUACUGAAUUUGCAAAAGCUGGAAUGUUUGAAAAGAAAGGACAUGGGGUGAUUUAUUCCUUAUGUUUUGUGACAUUGUUGCUUUCAAUGAGUUUCUCUGGUGUUCUUUUGAGUAACAAUUUCUGGAUUCACAUGUUUUCUGGUGCACUAUUGGGACUUUCUUGGAUGCAAAUCUCUUACUUAGGUCAUGAUUCUGGGCAUUACUUAAUCAUGACAACUCGCGGAUUCAACAAAUUAGCACAGAUUCUUACUGGCAAUUGUCUCACUGGAAUUAGCAUUGCUUGGUGGAAAUGGACUCAUAACGCGCACCAUGUCGCGUGCAAUAGUCUUGAUCAUGACCCUGAUCUUCAACACUUGCCAGUUUUCGCUGUCUCUUCAACGUUUUUCAAAUCGUUGAAUUCUUACUUUUAUGGAAGAGAACUCACAUUUGAUUCCGCGGCUAAAUUUUUCGUGAGUUAUCAACAUUUUACAUACUAUCCUAUCAUGUGUGUGGCAAGAGUGAAUCUAUUUGUCCAAACAUUAUUGCUAUUAUUCUCAAAGAGGAAAGUGCCAGAUAGAGGUUUAAACAUAUUGGGAAUUCUUGUUUUUUGGACUUGGUUUCCUCUUCUUGUUAGCACAUUGCCUAAUUGGACAGAAAGGGUGUUAUUUGUGCUAAUAAGUUUCUGUGUAACAUCACUACAACACAUUCAAUUUACACUUAACCAUUUUGCUGCUGAUGUUUAUGUUGGACAACCAGAAGGGAAUGAUUGGUUUGAGAAACAAACAAGUGGAACUAUCGAUAUCGCGUGUUCUUCUUGGAUGGAUUGGUUCUAUGGAGGAUUGCAGUUUCAACUUGAACAUCAUUUGUUUCCAAGAUUGCCUAGAUGCCAUUUAAGGAAAGUGUCUCCAAUUGUUCAAGAUUUAUGCAAAAAACAUAAUUUGCCAUAUAGGAGUUUGUCAUUUUAUGAGGCUAAUGUUUGGACAAUAAGGACUCUUAAAACAGCAGCAAUGCAAGCUAGAGGUCUGCUUUGGGAAGCUGUUAAUACUCAUGGCUAAAUUCUGGAUUUGGAGAUUGUUUGUAGUAAUAAGUACUGUGUUAUUAAGUAAUGUGUCUAUUUUAAUUUAUGUUGUUGGACUGAAACAGGGAGAAGAUGAUUGUUGUUUCUUUGUACUUUGUAUUUUUAGCUAUGUUGAUAUGGGAUUUUGUUUUAAGCACUCUUUA